AUGGAGAGUGAGAGUGGAGGUGGAGAAGAGAAUAAGAGAUAUUAAAAAAAGGGGCAAAAAAAUUAAAACAUAUUUUAUUUAUAUACAUAGGGUGAAACUGGUUUGGAAAAUCUCCCCAAUCGAAAACCGAACUGGUUUUUUGGUUUUUAAUUUUUUACAUACUGAACCGGUUUACAGAAAAACCUAAUUUUCGAUUUGGUUUUCGGAUUAUUUCUCUUACCCCCACUAAGCUGGAAAUCGUUUCAAUCCUUUCGAAAUGGAAACCAUUCUCUCUUUAUAUUAUGUGUUAGGGAACGCAUGAAAAAUGUCUACCCAAUUGCUUACAUUUCUAAUUUUUAUUUGAAAAUUUUUGUAAGUCCUGGUCAAAGAUUAUUUCAGAUGAUACAUCUCUCGAAUCUCUUUUAAUGAUAAUGAGUAAUGACCACUCCAGAUUGUAAAACCUAAUAUAAUUUGUUACGAGGAUAGCCCAAAAAAAGGAAAAGUCUUGACUUGUCUUGGAAAUUGGAAGUCUUGAAAGGGGUCCAGCUUCCCUAAUAUAUCUUUCUCAUAUAAUCUGUUUACCCCGACUUACGCGCAUCGCUGAACGCCAAAACCAGAAACAUGUUCUCCCUGUCAAUGUCAACAUGUUCUGAUGCCAUUUCAUUUUCUUCCAACUUUCUCUCCAACUCUUCAACGUCUUUACUACCUAGGCGCUCCACCAUCUCUCUCUUUGUUUCAACGGCUAACACUUCCAGGUUCAAAAUGUCGUCAGAUUCUCUUCCUCCUCUCCCUCAAAGCCGAAUCGUAGUAGGAUGUGGUGCUGUGGCAUUGGAUUUCCUGACGGUAGUGGCUGCCUACCCCGAGCCUGACGAUAAGAUCAGAAGUAUAAACUUCAAGGUUGAAGGUGGUGGCAAUGCAGGGAAUGCGUUAACCUGCGCAGCUCGUUUGGGUUUAAACCCUAGGAUAAUUUCCAAGAUUUCCAAUGAUCCUCAAGGCAAAGGUAUAUUGAAAGAGUUUGAAGCUGAUGGUAUCAAUACUUCUUUUCUGGUGGUUUCUGAGGAAGGUAAUUCAACAUUUUCCUAUGUAAUCGUUGACAGCCAAAUGAAAACUCGUACUUGUAUUGUCACCCUUGGAUAUCCUCCCUUGAUGCCAUCUGACCUUCCGCUAUCAACUUUGUUAUUUGCGUUGGAUGGCGCUAGAAUUGCCUAUUUUGAUGGGUGGUUGCUUGAAGCUGCAGUAGUAAUUGCACAAGAGGUCAUUGCUGUCUAUUUCGUCAUGUUAAAAAUAUGGCAAGAUGUGCUGAACUGUAUGGAGAUUAAUGGUGGUUAA